AUGGUAAUUCUCUCGUGCAACGUGCAGGACACACAUACUACCAACUGGCAAAGGAACAAGCGUUUAGCAGCUUCACAAAUGCCCUUUCUGCCGCUGCCCCAGCUCUGGGGCCAGCGCGUCAGCAGGCGUAAAGCUGGAGGCACCUGGCGUGGGAGUGGGCGUGGGCACCUCAGACCGCCAACCCGCUGCAAGCAUCUCCAACCGUUUUCUUCCUCCUUCACUGUGUUCACGCCUCAGAGCUCACCACCAGGUCCUAAAAAGGGAGCUCACUCAGUGGGUCUGAUGUGGCGGAUGCUGGCCAGGGAAGUUCUGCGCAUGCGUGGCACCAUUUGCCGAGAACACCCAUGGAUGGUCAUGCCUGAUCUCUACUUCUACAGAGAUCCUGAAGAGAUUGAAAAGGAAGAGCAGACCGCUGCUGAAAAGGCUGUGACCAAGGAGGAAUUUCAGGGUGAAUGGACGGCUCCAGCUCCUGAGUUCACUGCUACUCAGCCUGAAGUCGCAGACUGGUCGGAAGGCAUGCAGGUGCCCUCGAUGCCUACUCAGCAGUUCCCUACUGAAAACUGGAGCGCCCAGCCGGCCACUGAAGACUGGUCUGCAGCUCCCACUGCUCAGGCCACUGAAUGGGUAGGAACAACCACUGAGUGGUCUUAAGCUGCUCUUCCACAAAGGCAAACAAAAUGGAAAUAGAAAUGGAAAAGGU